AUGAUUGCUAGUACAUUAACACGUAAUUCAGUUAAUCCUGUAUGGCUUAAUGCAAAUACAACAUUAACUAAUUAUCAUCAAUCAUAUUCAACAAUUAAAAAAGAAGCUGCAACACAAACAUAUGGAAUUUAUUAUCUAAGUGCAAAAGAUAUUGAUUUAAUUAUAACACAAAAUAAAAAAUUAUUAGCUGAAAAAGAAUUGAAAGAAUAUCGUCCAAUAUUAACAUCUACAAGUCCAGGAAAAGGAUAUUGGCGACAACAAUUAGAUCAUAUUUGUGCUCAUUUAAAAACUUAUGUCGUUAAUCGACCCGAUUUUCAAUCAUUGAUUGGUGAACCACGUAUGGGUAAUAUGAUUCAUGCAACUGUACAUGAAAAUGAAUAUCAAGUAACUAUACAAACAGUAUUUCGUAAACCAGAAAAUCUUUCACAAUCACCAUUUUUUAUUAAUGAAACAAAUGAAUAUUAUUCAAUAGAUAAUGAACGAAGUUCACCAUAUUCAAAUACAAUUUAUUCUGAUAAUGAAUAUCCAAGAGAAAAAUCACAACGAACAAAAGUAAAACAUCGUAAUAAAAAAGGACCACGAGGUAAUACAGCAUUACAUGAAUGUUGUUUAUUAGGACUUGAUGGUGCUGAGCCAUUAAGAAUUCUUCUCAAACAUGGAGGUGAUGCAUCUUGGUUAAAUGAUAAAAAUGAAAGCGUUAUUGAUACAGCAGCAAAACAAAAUUGUCCAGAAUUACUACAAGUUUUUUCUAAAUAUCAAAGUGAAAAAAUGCUUAAACAACAUAUGAAAAAUUCUUAUGAUGAUCAUACAAGAAUAAAAACUAUUCAUGAUCAUCAUUCAUCAGAAAAAUUAUAA